AUGCCGCCGGCGAUGGCGGAGCAGGAUGGAAACGCCGCGACGCCCUCCGCCCUCGCUCUCUUCGCCUCCCGCCUCUCCUAUCGCAGGUUCGGGGACGAGGACCUCCGGGUGCUGGAGGCCGCGCUGUCCGCCGGCGCUGACGUACCCGCGCUGCUCGCCACGCGCUCGGCGGCCCGGAGUCUGCUGCAAGCAAGCGCGGCGGAGGCGUUCGCAUUCACUGCGACGGGUUCAGUGCUGGAUGGUGGGACCAGCCUCGUCGUCGCCGACUUCUUCGCACGCGCCUUCGCGCUCGUAGGCGAUGUCGAGAGCUGCCUUGCCAUGAGAUACGAGGCCCUGUUGCUUCGAGACGCUAAAUACUGCAAUGGCCUUCACUUGCAAGUGUCCCGUCAGGAGUGGUUAACUUUCGCAAAGGACUCUCUUGAUAAUGGCUUCUACACCAUUGCCUCCAAGGCUUUUGCAAAUGCUCUUGGGCACAUUCAUCCAAGCCACCCAGGGCACUUGGACUCUGCUAAUUCCAUUGAGGAGAAGGACAAGAUCAAUGAUAUAACAGGACUCCAGAACUUGGCCAAGUCAUUAUCUGCACAGCAUUCUGUUCAGACACAGUCUGCUGAAUACAUGAAAAGGAGAGCUUCAGGUGUUCAUGAGAAGGAUAAUUUUCAAUCAGAAAAACCAAGGUUAUCAGCAAGUUCAAUGUUUAGGCUAGGGAUUAAAACAAGGAACAUAAAGAAAUUGCUUCAUAGCCAGGGAAGGAACCUGGGAGAUUUGAAGCAAUCUUAG